AUGGCAGCGUCCUUCAGCCUGGUGCUGGCUGGGGACCUCCAGCAGCCAAGGGUUACGAUCCAGAUGGUGGCAUCGGCUGCAGACCGGGACCAUCAGGCUGGCAGGGAUCGUGACGAGGACAGUUAUUUGAGCCCUGCUAACCUGUUCUUGCCUUUUUCAUUUUGUUCCCUUUUGCUUCAUCUUGGAUGUCUAAAAGGACAGUUGGAGCCAAUAAACGAGGGUCUACUCGCUAGGAUCUCGGAUCUCUUGCUGUGCCGCUGGACUUGUAGGAAUUGUUGUCAGAAGUGUUUCGACUGUAGCUGUUGUCAGACCAGUGAAGAUGAAGUGGAAAUCCUGGGACCUUUUCCUGCCCAGACUCCCGCCUGGCUGAUAAGCAACCAGAACGAGGACAAGGAUGGAGACUCCGAUAACACGAUGAGCGAGUUGCCUCCCGCUCUCCAGGACGCGUCCACUGACAGACGGCGGUCGUCCUCAGACACAUCGCGCUCCACGUACAGCCUCACAAGGCGCAUUUCAAGUUUAGAGUCCAGGAGGCCAAGCUCUCCCCUAAUUGACAUUAAACCUAUUGAAUUUGGAAUUAUAGGAGCUAAAAAAGAAAUAGUGCAGCCAACUAUCCUGCGAAAAACCUAUACCCCAGAUGACUAUUUUASAAAAUUUGAACCAAGACUGUACUCUCUUGAUUCAAACAGCGAUGAUAUGGACUCCUUGACGGAUGAGGAAAUCUUAUCAAAGUAUCAGCUGGGCAUGCUACAUUUUAGCACUCAAUAUGAUCUGUUGCAUAAUUACCUAAUAGUCCGAGUCAUUGAGGCUAAAGAUCUGCCUCCUCCCAUUUCUUACGAUGGUUCAAGGCAAGACAUGGCUCAUUCCAACCCUUAYGUGAAGGUCUGCCUCCUUCCAGACCAGAAGAACUCCAAGCAGACGGGAGUGAAACGCAAAACCCAGAAUCCAGUGUUUGAAGAGAGGUACACAUUUGAAAUCCCCUUUUUAGAAGCCCAAAGAAGAACUCUGCUUUUAACAGUAGUGGAUUUUGACAAAUUCUCACGCCACUGUGUUAUUGGCAAAGUGUCGAUGCCCUUGAGCGAUGUAGACCUUGUGAAAGGCGGACACUGGUGGAAAGCCCUUGUUCCUAGUUCWCAGAAUGAGGUUGAGCUGGGAGAGCUGCUGCUGUCGCUAAACUACCUGCCCAGCGCAGGGAGACUCAACGUGGACAUCAUCAGAGCCAAGCAGCUGCUGCAGACGGACAUGAGCCAGGGCUCAGAUCCCUUUGUGAAAAUCCAGCUUGUUCACGGCCUGAAGCUAACAAAAACCAAGAAAACCUCCUGCAUGAGAGGGACCAUCGAUCCCUUCUACAACGAGUCCUUCAGCUUCAAGGUGCCACAGGAAGAACUGGAAAACGCCAGCUUGGUCUUUACAGUGUACGGCCACAACGUGAAGAGCAGCAACGACUUCAUCGGGCGGAUCGUCAUCGGGCAGUACGCCACGGGCGCGCCCGAGUCCAACCACUGGCGCCGCAUGCUGGGCGCGCACCGCACGGCCGUGGAGCAGUGGCACAGCCUGCGCUCCCGGCAGGAGUGCGACCGCGUCUCGCCCGCCUCCCUCGAGGUGACCUGAGCAGCUGGAUGCCGCGCGGAGGAGGAAAACGUAAAAACAGACCAAAAAAAACUCCAAAGCACCCGAGAAGAGCGAAAUCCCGCUCCGCACCCACUGCUCUCUUCAGCCUCGUGUGGUGCAGCGGCGGCUGCCAAGCGGGCUGGGAUCGGGAGCGGGGCCGGGAUGCUCCAACCGGGGUGCGGAGCUGACGGCAGGACUUGGAGCUGCCUCCGCUGCCCUUGGCGGUCCCCGUGCGCGCCUUGCCUUCUCGGAGAUAUCAGUCCCUUGUGCUCUCGUCGGUGAACGUGGUGAUUAGGCUAGGAUAUGUGUUUUUUUAAGCGGUAGACUGUGGUGAAAUCGAUUCCCACACCGGUUUUGUCCUUGUGCUAGUAACGGAGCCCGGCCCCGGCGGCGCGGCCGCGUACAUGUGCGCUGGGGCGCCCGGGCCCUGCCCUCCGCGUAGCAGCCUCUCUGUGUCCCGUAGAUACCGUCACCGUGUAGCCAACAUUGCCAAUGACAUUGUACCGGGAACACUCCCGGCUCCCGGCCCUCGAAGCCUUUGCCARGGUGCGUGGAAGGGACCAGGUCUGGGGCUUUGCAGGAGACGCACCCCAGCCCCACGGUUUUAACUCCGACAGACUGCGGCAGCUCUCCCCGUGUCCCGUGUGUUAGCCAAGGUAGUUUCCCACGUCACCAAGUGAGCGUAGCUGCRGUCAAGCUGUCCCUUCUGUUGGCUGCUUCUGUACAUUUUUUCAUAGCGUGUUGUCUGACAUGA